AAAAAAAGUGAUUUCAAGUGGGUGCCAAAUUUCCAUUUUCCUAUAGUCUGAUUAUUGUUAUUAGUGAUCGACGAUGUCGGCUCUUAAACUGAGCGCAACCGCUUCUAUCUACGUCCGUUCACCCACAACCACCGCCACCGCCGCCGCAAAACCCCUCUUCCUCUCAUUCUCAAACUCCAUCACUUCCAGAAACUUCCACCAACACAAACGCUUCCGAUACACCCCCUCCGCAACCAAAUUCCCAAUUUCCAACAAAACCCCCUCUUUCUCCGCCAAUUUUGGGGUUUCCGGAAAAGCCCUAGUUUCAACCGUUCCACCACAACCAGAACCAGAACAACCGGAAUCUUCCAAAUUGCUCACUCUGCCCACCAUUCUGACUCUCGGCCGUGUCGCCGCCGUGCCGCUUCUUGUUGCCACUUUCUAUAUGGAUGGUUGGCGAGGAACAGUGGCUACUACCACAAUCUUCAUUGCUGCAUCAGUUACUGAUUGGCUUGAUGGUUAUAUUGCUCGCAAGAUGAAUUUAAAAUCUUCAUUUGGUGCAUUCUUAGAUCCUGUAGCUGAUAAGCUUAUGGUUGCUGCCACAUUGGUUUUAUUAUGUACUAGACCUUUGGAGGUUGGUUUGUUUGCACAAGCACCCUGGUUACUACCUAUACCUGCGAUUGCCAUCAUUGGUAGAGAGAUUACCAUGUCUGCUGUCAGGGAAUGGGCCGCUUCCCAGGAUAGUAAGCUUUUAGAGGCUGUUGCUGUAAAUAACUUGGGGAAGUGGAAAACAGCCACGCAGAUGACUGCGUUAGCCAUCCUCCUCGCCACCCGGGACUCAAGUCAUGGAGAAACUGCUUUUGUAGUGGGGUCUGGUGUUGCUUUGCUUUAUACUUCAGCAGGGCUUGCUUUAUGGUCAUUGGUUGUAUAUAUGAGGAAAAUUUGGAAAGUGUUGUUGAGGUAGCAUGCUUGACGCUCCAUAUAUUUCACAUAUAUAUCCAAUUUUUGCGGCUCCAAUUCUCCUUUAGGUUACCAUACUACCGACGUCACGAAAGGGAGCUGCAUUUUUGGUGGCAUGUAAAUGUAAUAUUUAUUCUGCACAACGUCUAACUAGAUGGCGGCACCAUUUCUCCUAUUCCUGAAAAUCAUCCGCUCACAUUUUUUGUCUUGUCAUUCUAAGUCAUAAAAUGAAAGAAAGAAAGAAAGGAAGAAGGCAACUAGAUUUUGGAGUUUCUGAAACUUGCCACCUGAGAAAAAUUCUAAACAGGAUUUAUUAUACGACCCUAGUUUACUUUUCAGUUACCUUUCUUCUGUUAUUUUUUUUAUUCAUUAUGUACAAGUAUAACCACAACACCAGUUAAAUUUCAAUGUAUACUUAUGGUUAGUAUGUAUGUCUGUUUUACAUGCGCUCUUGCAGCUACAGUAUGCAUAGAGCAGUGUUGUUCGAAUGAGUAGAUAA